CAAAUACUAGCGUGAGGAGGGUGUCUGGUUUGGGAGCCUCAGAGUUAAAUCUCUGCUUUAUGCAGAUGAUGUGGUUCUAUUGGCCUCAUCAAUUUGAGGCAUCCAGCAAAAAUUGAAGUGGUUUGCAGUCAAGUGUGAAACUGCUGGAAAGGGAGUCUGAGGCCAUAGCCCCCUGCUGCUGGAAACUAGUGGAUGGUUCUCUCUGGGCUGCAGAUGAACUGCUGCCCUGAGCAAAGGACGUCAAGAAUCUCGGCACCUCGGUCAAGAGUGACUGGAAAAUGAUGGUUUGGGUCAACAUCUGCAGUAAUGUGUGAGUUGUACCGGACAGUAAUGCUGUACUGCAUUUGCCUGUUGAUAUAUGUUCAAUAUAGAAUAGAAGAAGCCAGAUUGGGUAAACUCCACAAAGUGGCUAAGCAUUAGAGAUAGCGUGAGGGGCUUGGACAUCUGGAGGGAACUCGUAGUAGAGUUGCUGUUCCUUGACAGUAAAAACACCCAGCUGAAUUGAUUCAAGCAUCAGACAGGAUACCUCUUGGGCAACUACCACCCAGAUGAGAGGAGGGCCUGGGGAAGACCCAGAAAAUGUUGACGAGAUGAAAUACCUCAUCCGGCCUGGCAAUGCCUUGGGAGCCCCUUGGAUGAACUAAGAAAUGUUAAUGGGAAGAGGGAAGUCUAGAAUACCUUGUUUAGCUUGCUGCCACUGUGACCCCAUCCCAGCGGAAGGAAAUAGAUAGAUGAAGGUAUGAGUGCAUGUGGAGGUUUGGCAACUCCAGGGAGAAUAGGACAGAAGAACAGUCAUUAAGAGGUGACCUGUUAGUUGUAUGGUCAGGGUGCAUAACACAUGGGUGCAAAUUUAAUCACUGGAUCUGCCACUCAAUUUCAGACUGAACCACCACUUGUGACAAAUCUGAUGUAUUUCCCCACAGCUCCCAUCUAGCUCCAAAAUCCUUAUCUAAAAAAAGCAAAAAUGCCAAAAUAACAGGGAUAAAUCUCAUGGUUCAGAACACUAUGAGAAUUUCUAUAGCAUUCAAACUAUAAACAAACUAUUGUUGUGUUCCUACAACAUUAAAUCCUUUUAUUAACUCAUGCCCAGGUACACGUUUAUAUUGUGGUUAAAUUAUAUGACAUUUCUCAAUCUAUUUCUUUAUAUAUUGAGAAGCUUCAAGAUUUGUCAUGAAAUAAUACACAGCAUUUCCAUUUCUCCUGCCAAACUUCCCCCUAGAGUACUGUUUACGCCCUGAUGCAAGGCAUAUUACAAGUCCAUACAAAACAAUUUAACACAUAUCUCUUACAACAUGAACCUAUGAAAAGGAGGUUUAGGAACCUUACUUUAAUGUGAGUAUCCCUGACACCACAUUGGACCUCAUUAUUAUUCCUCAUCAGGGGAAAUUGUCAGAAAUGUUCUCAAAUUCAAAUGCCAGCUGUUCUGGAUGUUACUAGAUGUUAUCAGUUCAUUAAACUAUUUCUGGGCUUCAGUAUCUGAAGCACAAUGUUAGAUCCCAAUCUAUAUGUCAAAAGCUUCAACAACAUUUCACUGACAUUCCACAGCAUUUACUUCAUUUAAAAGCAUCGGUUUAUAAAAUAGAUGGCUGCCUAUCCCUUGUCUUUUAAACAAUAGAUCAAGUAGAAUACAGUGUGCCUGUAAAUAAGAAGUUGAGAUCCACUCUGAAUGAUUCCCUUUAAGAAGAGCCUGGUUAAUUUUAAAACCUAUCCUUGUAUGCAUUUCCGGUGUUGUACAGCUGGUGCAGCUGUCUAACAUUUAUUCUUUCAUCCUUUGCUCACAGGUCCUGUCUUGGCAGUUGUUUCUUUGUGUUAAUCUUGGACUUGAUCCCUAAGUUUCUGCAGCAGAUACGCAUCACAGAAACAGUCCACUGAGACAUGACAGGCUCCCUUUCUUCCACCAAUAUAUUUAAAUGGAGAUAAUGCAGUAUACAACAUUGUCUGUCGAUCACUGAUGCUUCUUUCUUUUUGUCAUAUUUGUAAUUAUUACUAUUAAUGCAGUCUGGGAUUUUUUUGUGUGGAAAAAACGGUAAAGUGAUGAAAAACAAACAAAACACAAACAGAAUACCAUUGGAGCUCCAGCUAUUGACAAUUGUUUGAUCUAUAGAAAAAUUGCAACCACCCAGAGAACUAAUUAAUCUGUAAAAAAUAAGACCUCUACACUAUUUUAAAAAACUAAAAUGUUCUGUAUUACACUAUUGCUGAAUCACAGUCAUUGUUUUGUCUUACAACCUGGUAAAGAAAGUAUAUUUUAUUUAAUGAAAUGUAAUAUAAUGAUGAGUCAUUUCACUACACAUUGAGGAUCCUAUAUUAUAUAUUACCACCAAUGUUUACUAUUCCUUAACAGUUCCAGACAAAAGUUUAUUUAAUGGUUAAGUGAGGUAAAAUAUUCACUCAAUUCAACGGUAAUCCAGCAGCCCUUAGUGAAAUACCAGAGGUUGCCUUCUCUUCUCUUAGAGUCAAAAUUGCUGUUACUUCUCCUCAGUGUACAGACUGAAAGAGGAGAUUUUAUACUCGUCUUUAUUUUUCAAAUUCUCAAAAGAAGAAAUAUUGCUCACAGAGGGAGGCCACGAUGAAGUUUGAGAACAUUCUUGCUGAGAUUAAUGGAUUUGGAAGAUUUCAGGUAAUGAUCAUUGUGAUCAACUUCAUCAGCCGCUUCACGCUGCCCUGCCACUUCAUGCUCAACAACUUCAUAGCAGCUGUUCCCGCUCACCACUGUGACAUCAGCUCUCUGGACGAUGGGGGCAUUUUUAUGAAUUUAUCUCAUGCCGAGAGGCUUCUUGUUAGUAUUCCGGUCAAGCAGGAUGGGACUCCAAGCUCCUGUUACAUGUUUACGGAGCCUCAGUAUCACCUGCUGUUGAAUUUAUCCAACAUUACUGACGGACCCACGGUGCCGUGUCAGAAUGGAUGGAUGUACGAUAACACCACCUUCAAGUCCACUCUGACCUCACAGUGGGACCUGGUGUGUGAUAAAAGAGGGAAAAACAAAGCAACUGCUACCAUCUUCUUUGUUGGAGUCAUGUUUGGAGCCAUGUCCUUUGGAAGUCUAAGUGACAGGUAUGGCCGAAGGAUCAUGCUGCUGGUAUCUUAUGUGUCUGGAAUGCUGUUUGCUAUUGCGAGUGCAUUUUCUACAACCUACAUGAUGUUGACAGUGCUCAGGUUCUUCACUGGCUUUUGCAUCACUGGCAUCGUCAUCGCUUCACAAGUGCUCAGUGUGGAGUGGGUGGACAUUGAGCACAGGAAAGUGGUGGGUGUGAUCGACAGCUUAUCCUGGACAUUUGGGAACAUAGGCUUUGCAGCUAUUGCCUAUUUUGUGAAUGAUUGGCGGUGGCUGAUUGUGAGUGUUACAUCACCUUUAAUCCUGGCCAUCAUCAUGUGGAGGUGGCUGCCAGAGUCGGCAAGGUGGCUCAUUGCCAAUGGCAAGUUUGAGCAAGCUCAGAUGUAUUUGAAAAAAUGUGCCAAGAUGAAUGGAACACAGGAGUCAAUUAUCGCACUAAAAACAGAGACAUUAUCCACUAUCAUCGUGACUGAGAAAAGAAAUCGUUCCUAUUCCUACCUCGACUUAGUGCGAACACCUGAGAUGAGGAAACUGGCCCUGCAUACUGGUCUGUUAUGGUAUUGCAUUGCAAACGCAUAUUAUGGCAUCAGCUUCAACAUCGCAAGCUUUAGGCUCAACUUGUAUCUCACUCAGUUCACCUACGCUUUAAUUGAGCUGCCAUCCAAAACAUUAAGUUACUACUUUCUGGAUAAGGUGGGCAGACGGAGCACUGUGGUGGGAGCUCUGCUGGUUACUGGGGCCUGUCUUGGAAUCAACAUCCUGAUACCAAAAGAUAUGUCUGUUGCCCGAACGGUGGUAGCCGUCAUUGGAAAAGGGUUUUCUUCAAUAUCCUUUGCAACUGUUGUGCUGUACAGUUCCGAGCUGUAUCCUACUGUAGUGAGGCAGAACGGUAUGGGCUACAACUCCUUCAUGGCUCGGUUUGGUGUAGCUGUGGCUCCUUUGAUCCUUUUACUGGACGAUGUCUGGAAGGAUCUGCCCCAGGCCGUCUUGUGCUGCACAGCUUUCCUUGGGGCAAUGGUGGCAAGAACGCUGGCUGAGACCCGGAACAGGUGCCUGCCCGAGACCAUCGAGGAAAUUGAACAGAAGCAGUAGUUAACAGGACCAAUGACUUGUCUCGGUAGUUUUGCUUCUCGUUUUUGCCAUUUUUUCCAUAUUGUUUCUGGCUUUUGUCGUUCUGUCACAUUUUUGUAAUAUUUUCUCGUUUUUGUCUUUUUUUUUUUUAAACUGACUUUCGUUGCUUGUCUCAUGUUGUUGUUAUGCUUCUCAUUUUUGUCGCUUUGCGUUUCCUUUUGGUCUCGCUUCGUUUGUCUAUUUUUUUUUUGUCUCGCUUUCGUUGUUUGGCCAUUUUUUUCCAUUUUGUUUCAAGCUUUUGUCGUUUUGUGUCUCAUUUUUGUAAUAUUUUGUCUUGUUUUUUGUCUGACUUUUGUUGCUUGUCUCAUGUUUUUGUCGUGUUUCUCGUUUUGUUUCCUUUUUCUCGCUUGCGUCGUUUGUCUAUUUAUUUUCAUUUAGUGUUUUGUCUCGUUCUUGUCAAUUUAUCUAAUUUAUGUAAUAUGUUGUCUUGUUUUUGUUGCUUGUCUCAUGUUUUUGUCAUUUUGUUUCCUUUUAGUCAUGCUUGCCUCGUUUUGUGCUUUUGUCAUUUUUGACCACUUAAGGACAUAUUUAGUAGUCAUUUGUAUUCCCAAAUAAAAAUUAUGUGUAUACAGGUUCAAAGCUCAUUAUUGACAAUCACGAUUUAUUUGGGAACAUGGCUGACCUUUUUUUUUGAAUAACAAUGUAAGUAAGUUGAGAUAUUAUAAAGCAGUAAUCACAAGCAUUUGUCACACACUGCAUGAAUGUCUGCAAGCAGUUGAAAGAUGUUAAUUUUUCUAAAAAUCUGUAUGGCACAAACUGUUCUCAUUUCCAUCUUGUGAAUCACCUUUUGACUAAUAGAUAUUGCCUUGUCAGCUUUAGUGGAUACACAAUGUCUGCUUAAUUUUAAUAAAACUGUUCAACAA